GUGAUCCGCCCACCUUGGCCUCCCAAAGUGCUGGGAUUACAGGCGUGAACUACUACACUCGGCCCAACUUUCUUCUUUAAAAUGGAAAGGAAGCGAGUGCUCUGCCCCCGAGCACCCUCCCAGGAGCCUAUGGGCUGGUUCCUCUUUUUGGCCUCAGCAUCCUUGGAGGGCCGAGCGCAGCCCCUAAUGCCGCAGGGCAGGGUUGGGCCUGAGGGCCCGUGUGGCCAGCUGCUGUCUCAGGAUGCGGUACCCUCGCAGGUUGGGGGCUAAGUCCCAGGGUCUCCAAGGUGGGCUGGGGAAGGGUCUCGGCCCCCCUCAGCCUGCAGAGACUGGAGAAUGUAGCAGGUGCGCAGCCACCGCCAGGAUUAGCUUCCUGUGGCUGCUGGAACAAACCUACAAGUCAGAAACCAGAUGCGAGUCUCAUGGGGCUAAAACGAAGGUGUCAGCAGGGCUGGCUCCAGUGGGGAACCUGCUUUCUGCCUUCUCCGGCCUCCAGAGGCCUCCACAUUCCUGGCCUUGCAGCCCUUCCUGCGUCCUCAGAGCCGGCCGCGUGGCGUCCUCUCUCCCACCCCCGCUUCUGUCCUCACAUCUCCCUGACUCUGACUGUCUUAGAAGAACCCUGCAAUUGCCACCACCAAGGCCCCCACCCAGGCAUGUCUGCAAAGUCCUCGUGAACCGGGAAACGUGACACCGCCACAGGCUCCAGGGUUGGGACGUGGCAUCUUUGGGGGCCAUGAUUCUGCUCACUGCAGACCCCGUGUGCAGGUCUGUAAGGCCAGGGGAGUUGGGGAAGGGCCAGGGCCUGGCCUCGGCUGAGGGCUUCCAGGAUGCGGCAGUGGUCUGGGGUGACCAGACAGGGUUUGGCCAGCAGGCAGGAGAGCCUGCGCAGAGCCAGGGUGUCCUGGAGAGGCAUCCCCACUCCCCAGGUGGGAGGACAGGGGCGGGAAGGGCUGUUGGGAGGGACCCAGCUUCACCCUUGGGGGGCACCUUGGGGCCAUGUGCAGGCCAGAUCGCAGGGGUGGGCUGGAGACGAGCUUGGGGAUGGCAGAACCGAGGAAGGGCAGGACUGGGGAGGGCCGGGGGGGCUGGGCUUUAGCCUCGGGCCCUGGGGACAGCAUUCUGAAUAUGGGAAUAUGGGCCGUGUUGGGGUGCAUUCAGACACCCACUCAGAGGUGCUCCAGGCAGCACCAGGCCCCUGGCUGCCAACUCUGAUAUUGUCACUGGGGCUCUGAGGGCUGGGUGUGGACAGGCUCCUUAGCUGGGAAGCCAGUGUCCUCUCUUGGGGCAUAGCUGGCAUGGCCAGGAUCCACACAGCAGUGUCUUCCAAGAAACGGGCCCCUGGCAGCGGCUCUGUCUGCCCUGUCAGAUGGGCCAGGCCUUCCUGCCUCCCAUUUGGACACCUGCACUGGCCCAGGCAGGGUCCCACUGUCCCUGGGAAGUCCCAGAGGAGGGCCUCAGACAGAGGACCCGUAGCAGUCACUGCGUGUGGGAUGGGCCCAUGGAUUUGGGCUCAGCAGCCUCUCUCUGCUGCCCCACCCCGAGUCAGGCCAGCACCCCCGGCCCUGGCAGCCCCUGCUAGAAGCUGUGGCAGCAUCCACCGGGAGAGGCCCGGCUGCCAGCAAAGCUUUGAGUCCAUCAGGACCUGCUGAGGCUGCCAGGAGCACCCUGCACCCUGCAGGCGCGGCGGGUCCAGGGAGGAGGGAAGCCUUGCUGGAUACGCCUUGAGGCCCCCAAAGGGCCGGGCCGCUCACCUGCAGUGAGUCAGGGCAGUAUCCUUGGUUGAGCAGAUAAGGAAACUGAGGUCAGAGUGGCAAGCAGGACUUGUCUUCCCCUUGCUGCCGCCAUCCGGCAGGGAGACAGUGACAGGCGUGAGGAGUUCGGGUCCAAGUGGGGCUCUGCACAGUGCGGGCAGCUCGCCAGACAUGUGGCCUGGUGUGGGGCCCCUGCUUUCAUCCACCUUGGAGGAGGCCAGGCUGCCCCUGCCCCAGAGCCAAGGAGCCCUCCUUCCUGUCUCCCUGCAGCCCCACUGGAGUCUGGGCCCAGGGUUCUGGGGCCUCUCCCCACCCAUGUUGGCCACGCAUGCCCAGCAAGGGUGGCUGCCAGGGAUGGGCCCAGCUCAGGACGGGACACAAACCUGUCCCCGUUCUCUUCCCCAGGGUGGACGCUCUUCUCUGGCUCCUGGGAUUGGCUGUGAGGACAAAACAUAAAGGAACCCAUUUACUGUUACACCCCGCACAACUUCACGCGCGACCAGGCGCUGUACGCCCGCGGCUACUGCUGGACGGAGCUGCGGGACGCGCUGCCCGGCGUGGACGCCAGCCUGUGGCCGUCGCUGUUUGAGCACAAGUUCCUGCCCUACGCGCUGCUGGCCUUCGCCGCCAUCAUGUACGUGCCCGCGCUGGGCUGGGAGUUCCUGGCCUCCACGCGCCUCACCUCCGAGCUCAACUUCCUGCUGCAGGAGAUUGACAACUGUUACCACCGGGCGGCCGAGGGCCGCGCGCCCAAGAUCGAGAAGCAGAUCCAGUCCAAGGGCCCGGGCAUCACGGAGCGCGAGAAGCGCGAGAUCAUCGAGAACGCGGAGAAGGAGAAGAGCCCGGAGCAGAACCUGUUCGAGAAGUACCUGGAGCGCCGCGGCCGCAGCAACUUCCUGGCCAAGUUGUACCUGGCGCGGCACGUGCUGAUCCUGCUGCUGAGCGCCGUGCCCAUCUCCUACCUGUGCACCUACUACGCCACGCAGAAGCAGAACGAGUUCACCUGUGCGCUGGGUGCGUCCCCGGACGGGGCGGCAGGUGCGGGGCCCGCGGUGCGCGUGAGCUGCAAGCUCCCGUCCGUGCAGCUACAGCGCAUCAUCGCGGGCGUGGACAUCGUGCUGCUGUGCGUCAUGAACCUCAUCAUCCUCGUCAACCUCAUCCACCUCUUCAUCUUCCGCAAGAGCAACUUCAUCUUCGACAAGCUGCACAAGGUGGGCAUCAAGACGCGCCGGCAGUGGCGCCGCUCGCAGUUCUGCGACAUCAACAUCCUGGCCAUGUUCUGCAACGAGAACCGUGACCACAUCAAGUCGCUCAACCGGCUGGACUUCAUCACCAACGAGAGCGACCUCAUGUACGACAACGUGGUCCGGCAGCUGCUGGCGGCGCUGGCGCAGUCCAACCACGACGCCACCCCCACGGUGCGCGACUCGGGGGUGCAGACCGUGGACCCCAGCGCCAACCCCGCGGAGCCCGACGGCGCCGCCGAGCCGCCCGUGGUCAAGCGGCCGCGCAAGAAGAUGAAGUGGAUCCCCACCAGCAACCCGCUGCCGCAGCCCUUCAAGGAGCCGCUGGCCAUCAUGCGCGUGGAGAACAGCAAGGCGGAGAAGCCGAAGCCCGCGCGCAGGAAGACGGCCACGGACACGCUGAUCGCGCCUCUGGACCGCUCCGCCCACCACUACAAGAGCGGAGGGGGCGACCCGGGCCCUGCCCCCGCCCCCGCCCCGCCGCCGGCCCCCGACAAGAAGCACGCGCGCCACUUCUCCCUGGACGUCCACCCCUACAUCCUCGGCACCAAGAAGGCCAAGCCCGAGGCGGUGCCCGCCGCCCUGCCCGCCUCCCGGAGCCAGGAGGGGGGUUUCCUGUCCCAGGCGGAGGACUGUGGGCUGGGCCUGGCCCCGGCGCCCACCAAAGAUGCUCCGCUCCCCGAGAAGGAAAUCCCGUACCCCGCAGAGCCAGCCCGGGCAGGGCUUCCCUCGGGGGGCCCAUUCCACGUCCGCUCACCUCCCACCGCCCCUGCUGUGGCCCCUCUGACACCAGCCAGCCUGGGCAAGGCGGAGCCCCUCGCCAUCCUGAGCCGAAACGCCACACACCCACUGCUGCACAUCAACACGCUGUAUGAGACCCGGGAGGAGGAGGAAGGGGGCCCCCGCCUGCCGCAGGACGUGGGGGACCUCAUCGCCAUCCCUGCCCCACAGCAGAUCCUCAUCGCCACCUUCGACGAGCCGAGAACGGUCGUGAGUACUGUGGAGUUUUGAGGGAUGGCACCGCCCAGGCCGCCGAGAGCCCCUCUGCGUGAGUGUGGUGUGGCCUGGCCGGCCUCCCUGUGGACGCCAGCCCUGCGUGGACGUGGCCUCUGCUUCGCCCGCACUGCCCGCAUCCCCAACCUCUGUCCGCAUGCCUGGGGCCCUCACCCCCACGCGUUCGACAGGGGAACCCGCCGGGACGGCAUCGCCAGGCACUGGCUGGGGUGGGGAAAGGUGGCCCAUGGAGCCAGUGGCCAGGACGGCUGAAGCCCGCCUCCCAUGCUCCUGCAUCAGGUGCCCAGCCGUGGGUGGGGGCCGUGAGGUGAAGAGUUUAUUUUUUUAGUCCGUUUCGUCCUGGCCCCGGGCUGUGGCGAGACAGCCCAACUCCCCCAGCCCAGCUCCCCCAGCCCAGAGCCAGGGAAGAGGAAGGUGGGGCCAGUCCCACCAGUGGGGUGGCCACGCCCAUGGGAUCACAUGCUCAGGGGUCACCCCGUGCAGGGACUUGAUGCCCUCGGGUGGGAGGGACCAAGGUCCACCCUCGGGUCAAAGAUCAAUGUGCACUUUCUCCUUGUCGCCUGACGUACAUUUUAUUUUACUAAGACUGCUGUACCGAACAAGCAUAUUUAUCAUCAGGAGACAGGAUGGGUUUAAAGCAGGAUGGUGUGUGUGUGAAUGGGCAUGAGCAGAGGUGGGCGUGAGUGAGCGGGUGUGUAUGUAUGAGUGUGCACAUGUGUGCGUGCAGACAGAGGGUGUGGUGCCAGCCUGGGUGGGAGUGUGUGUGAGCAGGCGGGUGAGUGCGUGAGUGCGCGCCAGCGUGUGGCCCAUGUAUGAGGAGUGGAGGAGCCCAACGCAAUAAGCACGUCCCCCACCCGGGCCCCCUGCCGCGGCUGAGGCCACAUGGCUUCCUGUGGGAGCCCCGGCCGGCACCCGGCUGGUCCCACCCCGAAUACCUCGGCCAUGGAGGCCAUGUGAUGCAGAAUUAACAAGGUAGCACCGAGCAUAUCAAUAAAUAUUAUUCUGAUAAUCA